AUGGCUCUGAACUACCACGCCUCACUCUCACCUAUGCUGGUUCUUCCGCCUCAGCCUUCGUACUUCGACACUCUCACUCAUGCGCCGCAUCCCUCAUCCGUGUUUGCCAGUCACUCCCCGUCAGCACCAACCAACAACCGUCCUCGAAAACUACUAAGACCCUCCCUCAAUCACCACGCCGCAUCCUCCUCACUGGCCGGCCGCAAGCGCUCCCUAGACGACAUCGCCGACGAGCCCGCCGAUCUGCUAGCCGACGGCUCGACCCUUGCUCCGCGUCAGCCGAAACCCGAACCCAUCUACGGCCCCGGCAUGACUCUCAUCUACCCUGGCGAGCCCGGCUACAGCAUCUCCGCCGAAUCGCAGGCCGGCACGUGGGUCGACGAAGAGCUCGAGAAAGCCGAAAAGGUCCGAAAGGCGGCAGCGUCGCGUCCUCGAAUCGCGUCGCGGAAGUCGCAGCGCAAGAGCGCCACCGAAUCUGGGCCAUCUACCCUCAACUCGCUCUCUGCAAGCGCCUCAACGAGCACUUCGGGCGCGUUCGACCAAGCGCAGUACUACCUCGGCGUCAGCUGGAGAGACAUGUCGCUCGACUCGAACAAGCGCAUCAUGGCCAAGGCGUACGCCCCCAUCGUAAACAGCGACUUCCCCUUCUCCGGCGCACAGCUACUCCUGCACAACGAAGCUCUCGGAGUGUUUCUCGUCAGAGCCACAUCCCAACUCUUCGGCGGGGAGCAAUUCCUGCUGCUUAAGGACGACAUGACCACCGCUUCGGUCGUGGCGAGCGGCCAGGAGCAGAUGCUGCAGAAUCUGCGCGCGCUGCCACCCGUUAUCGAAGGCCCGCAUUAUACUCGGAAGGCCAUGAUACCGCACCAUCCGGACAUGCCGGCCUUCGCCGACGCCGACGCGAUGGAGAUGUGA